GCCCUUCCUCUCGCCACUCCUUCCAAACCUUCCCGUCGAGCUCGUUCCAGCGUCCAGUUUCUGUGGUGAAGCGUGAUGAAGAGGUCGCUGCUGCUGGGCGUGACGGCCUUCUGCCUCUGCUUGUUUGCCACCGCCAACACGAGUCAACGAGACGAAUCUUUCCCCAAGAAGGAUGGAGUUUUACAGCUGGAGAAGGGAAACUUCAACAGGGCACUGAGGAAAUACAAGCAGCUGCUGGUGCACUUCUAUGCUCCUCUAACUGUGCAGGGCUUUCGGGUGACGGCAGCGUUCGAAGGCGCCGCUGCAGAGCUUCAGAGGUCGGAGGUCAAACUCGCAACGCUUGAUGUGACAAAGGAGAAGGAGCUAGCUAAAGAUCUCAGCGCUACAGACCAACACACCAUCAGACUGUACCUGUCAGGAGAUAAACACAACCCUGUACCCUGCCCUGAUCCUCAGAACUCCGCCUCCAUCUUGACCUGGCUGAAACGGAGGGCAGGAUCUGCUGCUGACCUCAUCACUGAUCUCAGCCAAUCAGAGGCCUCGGAGGAGCUGACAGUGGUCGGAUUCUUUAAGGAGCUGAACCAUGAGUACGUCCAGAUGUUCUAUGCUGCAGCGAUCGACCUUCCUGACGUUAACUUUGCCGUGACGCAGAAUGAUGACGUCGUCACCAAAUAUGGUCUCACGUAUGAUGUUGUUCUGCUGCUCAAAAAGUCUAAACUCAUCCAGGCUUACAAAAUGACGCCUCAGACGUCUAAAGAGGAGCUGAUCGUCUUUAUCACCGUCUUCCAGAUGGAUCCAGUCACUGAGUACAACGGACAGACAGCCACUCAGAUCUUAUCCUCGCCUGUAUUAAACCAUGCACUUCUCUUUGUCAACAAAAGCUCGGAUGACUUUGAAGAGAUUUUCUCUGCUUUCAACAGCGCUGCAGAGGCUUUCAGGCUGAAGAUUUUGUUCGUGUAUGUGAACGUGGACGAGCCUCGUAACGGCAGGAUGAUGGAAUACUUCCGGGUUCGCGACUUUGAGGCUCCUCUCAUCCGACUGGUCAACCUGACAGAUCAUGUGACCUACCACCUGCCGUCUGACACCCUCAACGUAGACAUCAUUACAGAGUUCUGCCGGUCCUACCUGGAGGGCAAAGCUAAGCCGAAGAUGCAGAGUGAACCGAUACCUGAAGGAUGGGACGAGAAGCCGGUGAAGGAGCUGGUGGGAAUGAAUCUGGAGAAAGUUGCCUUUCACCCCAACAAGACUGUUUUUGUCCUGUUCUAUCUGCCCUACAGUCGGGAGUCUCGCGCUCUAUUUCCGCUGUGGGAGGAACUCGCCGAGGCCUUCAAACAGCGACAGGAAGUGGUCAUCGCUCGCAUCGACGCAUCGGCCAACGACAUCAACAUGUCGAUGCAGGGAGCGUACCCGUCGCUCUGCCUGUUUCCUGCUAUGUACGCUGAAAGGGUGGUGGUUUACACUGGAAAAAGGAAGGUGGAUGACCUGGUUAAGUUUGUAGAAAAGGAGAUGGAGAAAGCCAAAAACUACAGAGUUAAGGAAGAUGAAGACAGGAGGAAGUACACGGAGGCUUUCGAAGCUGAAGAGGCAAAAAGAGCCAACAAAACCAAAGAUGAGCUUUAAUACGAGAACAAAGACAGUACAGUGUGUGUGUGCCAGUGUAAAUUAUCAUUAAUCAUCUAAAAAUAUAUAUUUGUUUAUUCAUACCAUAAAUGUGUAAGGCCUGGACGAAAAACUUAUGCACGGCGCUUAAUUUAUUUCUAUUCUAGUCUAUUUCAAAUGUUGUUGAGGAAACGAUGUGAAAACACACGUUCACACCUUUAUUUAAUUUUAACCAAGAUUCCAAAGACUACAAAUGUCAACUUGUCUGCUGAGGAAAAUGCAACAGAUUCAUGCACAAAAAAUGUAAUUUAUCUAAUUUGACAUGAUGCUGAAAAAGUCCCAAAUAUUUAGUUUACAUAUAAACAGAUACGUUUUCCCCCAAUUGCAUACUGUUGACUGUUGUUUGAAAAAAGUUCUAAUGUCUUUUAAAUUUAACAUGAUCAACUGAUCGGUGUACAAACACAGUAUGUAGUAUUUUAUUAGAUUCUAUCCCUUUUUGGAGAUCAGGAACAUUGCCUCUCUGCAGGUGAAUGAGUGACAACCAAGCAUGAGUGUUUGCAUCUCAUAAGUAGAGUCGGAACAACUGAGCCAUUUCCAGUGUAAAGUUAGUUGUGCCUCCAUUAUUGACAGUUUAAAGUGUCUUCCUCAACUCUGCACAGUUCUGCAUCAACAAAGGCCUCCAAUUUGUGGCACAUGUUUAACCCUGGACAGACGAAUGACCAUGUCUCAGUCAUUCCGAAUCCUCUGUGGAAAAUUUCAUGGAUGAAAGCCAACAGAAACCACCCCCCACCUCGACUGAUUAACAGCCUGUAAGCUUCAGGUUGGACAAACAAGUUUCACACCUUUCACCUCUUCAGCACUCACCACAAUCCCCGACCACCAAUGACCUUCCAGCUUUGAGGAAAAUGCUGCCAUUUAUUUCUACUUCACUGAAAAAAAUGGAGGGAUUUUUGUAAAGUGAUAUCUAAUUUUAAUAUGGUUUAAUUUUUGCUCUGUCUUUUAUAAAGUCAUGCACCAAUAAACUGUGCACGUCAAACUGCUAAAGAUGAGGUAAAGGUGCAGGAGUUUGCGUUUAGUGGUUUUGACCUCACGUCAACGUUUUUUACUUUACAGAUUUUUUAGAUUCAGUGUUAUUGAAAUACAGAAAUGUCAACAAAAUGAUACCAAUAGUUUAAUUUACAUGUCUGAUGCAAAAUAAAAACUUGUAACUUUG